AUGGGUGCCCUCAGAAAAGUCAAGAACAAGCGUCGCACUAGAGACUAUGAUCUAGUCGUCGCAGAUAUCAAAACUCAAGGUCACCUGCAGAAGUUCAAGGACACGAAAGACCCGGAGGAUUUGCCUGGUCUAGGCAAGUUCUUCUGCACUGAGUGCUCCAAAUGGUUUGAGAGCGACUACAACCUCAAGGCGCAUGCCAAGGGCAAAAACCACAAGCGGAGGCGAGUACUUCGUAUCCUACGCGAUGAGCCUCACAGCCAACUGCUUGCCGAGCGUGCGAUCGGACUAGGUCUCAUCGACAACGGCAAGCGUGAAGAGAAUGCCGACGAGAUGAAGGAAUAA